CGACGUCACCCAACGCGGAUCAACAAUCUAUGGCUAAAACAUAGGUGGUGUGAAAACUAACAAUGCCAGAGUUUGCAGCGCCCACUAACAGAGAAAUCCACUUCUGGACCUCCAUCUGAAUUUCGCUCAUCAGCCGGGUCACGUGUCUGAAACUCAGCAAUAGGUGUCUUUGUGCGUGCGCGCAGGAAGAGAAUCUACACAUUCGUGCAUACCAUUGCGUUACUAAUUCCCUCUGAGAUCGAGAAGGACCUCGCUGGGUUAACUUGUUCUGUUUGCUGCAGCGAGGUGUACAUUGAUGACCACACUCCAAUCUGGUAGGUGGCGGUAAAUGCACCUUAAAUUGGUUGCCAUCUGCCAAUAAAAAACAAAAGAAGAAGAACGUCUUCAUUUUGGAAACUGUCUAGAAAGACUGAUAUCUCGUUUUUCUUUUACAUUCUCGGUUUUUCUCGUCUGUUUAGCGGUUUAUGUGUUGCAUAAUAACAGUGAGACAGCUGAGAAGCAACUGAAGUCAGAGAGGUAUUCUUCAGUCUCCAGAGUUUAUCAACCACGCAGUGACACUUUACUGACGAAGGAGGUUGAUUUCUCGGCAGGAACCAUGUGGGACACAACACUACAGUAUUUCAGGAGCCGCAGCCUGUUGACAGGAAGCGACGCUGUCCAGCUCAAAUGGUCGCACGCUGUCAACAGCAGGAACGCGCUUGUUCAGGCUCUCAGCGGUCCCUCUCAUAUGAUUGAAGCAGAUGUCAUCAUAAGAGAUCAUGAUCCCAUGGAGCCAAUCAUGGCUCACCCCCCUGACACAGAUAGUGACAUCACACUGAAAGAGUGGCUAGAGAAAGUGAAGAUGACCAGUAAAGGAAUAAAACUGGACUUUAAGAGCUUGGAGGCUGUGUCUCCAUCCCUGGCUCUGCUGGAGGACCUGCUGGCUGAGCCAGAACGUCCACUGUGGAUCAAUGCAGACAUUCUCAGUGGACCCAGUGGACGAACCGCGCCUGUGGACUUCCAGGCUUUCCUCUCUCUUGUCUCAAGUCUUCCUGCUCAGACUGUGCUGUCUCUUGGCUGGACAACAGGAUGGACUGUGGGAACUAAUAACCCUGGUUACAGCUGGGACAUGGUGCAUGCCAUGGAGGAGAAGAGCAGAGAUCUGAAACAUCCUGUUACCUUCCCGGUUCGUGCUGCGCUGCUGGCUCAGUCCUUCUUCCAGCUAUCAUGGCUGCUGCAACAGUCAGACAGGUGACCACACACACACACACACACACACACACAAAGUACAUGGUAAGCUCCAUGGUGGUUAGUCUGGCCGGUACAACUGUCGCUGUCUGCCUGAAAGCAGAGGCUGGAGUUCUAUUGAGGAGUUGGAGGAAAAGUGGCUGAAGUUCAUCAGACAAAUUUUUUAAACAUCUUCAUCCUUUGCACAUCAUCAGAAACUUUGCCAGCUACUCUUCACCUGAUGUUGCUUUCCUGCACAGGUACACGCUCACAGUGUGGACAGGCCAGCAUGAUGAAUUUGCUCCUCAAGACUUAAAGCGUUACAGAAAACAUUUUGAUGUAAGCAGAAUCUAUUAUGACCUGCCAAACUCUCAAACAGCAGAACUCUUGGUGAUGUCAUGACUGAAGAUGGCCAACUGCUGUUUCCUAAACCUCACAACAAACUUCCUGCUGCUCUGUACGGAUUGGGAGAGGGAAGAUAAAUUUGUCUUUGUUCACAUUACAUGAAAAAACUGUAGUUUUGAAGGGCAAUCUACAACAUUAGAUUCUUGUAGAAAGAUGCAUUAUUAAACUAGUUACUCAAGGAUAUCUGUCAGCCACAAUGUAAUCCCUUUUUGCUCUGGAAAAGGUGUUACGUAAUCCACCUAAACAGGAUGUUUUUCAUUAAAACUUCAAAAUGAAACAAAGUUUUCCGGAGCACAGAAGGAGAACUAUUACUGCUCAUUCUGGCUGCAUUCCCAUAACUGAUAUGAAGAUGCUCCUAUCUUAUUCAAAGCUGAAGUUUUUCCUAAGCACUAACCCGCCUCCUACAUCUGCUCAGUACUUUCAUUUUAUUUUGUUCUGAGUUGGGUAAAAUUCACAUUACAGUUAACAUUGUGUCAUGUUUUAUCAUGUAAUGCACUUUGAAAUUCCUUGUUGCUGAAACAUACUGUACAAAUAAACUUUACUAAUAUGAAUGACAUCUGUAAAAGUGUUUCUCAUAAACUUAUUUUAUUCCUGUGAAUAAAACCUUUUUGAAUAGUG